ACAACCGGUCUUUCUUUGCUUGACUUCAUCCCUUUCUCUCCCGCGCACGCCAUUUUUCCGGCGUCUCCCCCCUUCCCGGCGGCCAACGAUAACCAAAAGGUUCCGUCGAUUAACCAGUCAGCUCAAACUGUACAUUUGACCUCCACUUGUGUUGUGAUCGUAUGGAGCUGGUUCAUCACUGCCUAUGCGGCCAUGAUCGAGGCUUCUCUGCACAGGCUUGCGCUUCGUGUGGAUCGAUUUCUUUCCCGCCGGCGACUCUGGUCGGGUCUGACGUGCCGGAUUUUCACGAAGAAGGCACAAGGGACAGGGAAUUGACGCUUAAUCAGUACUUUCUGAGCUUGAUCACUUCUAUGGCAUCUCUUGCUCUUACAGUGAUCUUCGUAAUUGUUGGGGCUUUACUGGGUGCAGUGUUUGGUGCAUUAGCUGGUUGGGCUGCUAAAAGUGGGGUGUUUCGAGGAGCAGGACUCUGCACCAUUGCUGGGGCAGUACUCUCCUUAGAAGUGCUGGAGGCUUCUCAUGCUUAUUGGUGUUCAGAGUGUUGUGGUUCACAUAGGUCAUCAUCAUCUUUGGUAGAUUUCAUAAAGGAGCUUCUCCAUCAUAGGUUUGUUGAUGGACAAUUCCAGCAGCAAGUGCUGAGAGCUUAUGACCAGCAGGGCAUUAUUAACUCAAGCAGUGAUGACUACGGCGGCGAAGUUCCAUUGAGAGGCUUGUCAGGGGAUUCACUUAAAAACCUUCCUUCUCAUGUGUUGACAAGUGAAGUUAAAGCAGCAGAUACCAUAUGCUGCACAAUAUGUUUGCAGGAUGUGAGAGUAGGGGAGACUGCAAGAAACUUGCCGCGCUGCAAUCACACAUUCCACUUGAGUUGUGUGGACAAGUGGCUGGCAAGACAUGCUUCAUGCCCUGUUUGCCGGAGAGAUGUUUAGGAUACUGUUUUGUAGUGACAGCUUACAGGGAUGAUCUCAAUGAAUAAAACUCCGUAUAACGGUAUAAGCUUUACCCGCCAGGAGAGAAUGGACCGAUGACCUAUCGGUCUGAACCAAUUUUUCUUGUUUUUUAAUCACGGAGCAAGUUAUUCUUAUCAAAGUAUGUAGAAAAUGAUUUUUAGUAUUAAUUAUGCAAUGAUAUGUAUAUGUAUAUAUAGGGAACAUGUACACACCCUAAAAAUAUAAACCCGGCAGGAAUAAGAAAAUACAAUAAACUCAAUCAUUUGAUAUAUAUUA